CCGCAAGCUCCUACUCGGAUCAUUAGGGCGAGCGGAAUCUGCGGCCCAGACUCGUUAGGCAUCAGGUUGCGGCAGCAAUAAACAAAGGCCAGACUCGCAGCUCCUCGGAUUGUAAUCAGGAACUUCACUCAUCGAAGCUCCCAUUUAGUUCCAGGAACGUAAGUCGACACUUCGUUCUUAGGAACUCUAAGUCGAAGCCUCGUUCCGAAGAGUUUAACGACUACUAUGGAGGCGUUGGAGAAGUUAGUGACGCAGGCGCAGGGCCUGUCGGGCAGCGCGAGCGACCUGUCGCACCUGCUGGAGGUGCUGCGAGGCGCGGACGAGGCGAUGGCGAAACACGCGGUGCAGUUGGACACCCUUCUAGCGUCGCUGGAUCCCGCGCUGCACUCUCUCGCGUUUCUCUUCUUCCUCGACGCACAUGCAGCACAGGCCCCUCGGGAGCUGUCCGAUCAGGUGGUGGGCACCAUCAUUAACUUCAUCAAACUGGCCGCUCCUACGCAGCUCGCGCUGGCGCCAGAGAAGUUCGCCUCCCUGUGCCAUCGCCUGCGGGACCUACUCAUUUCUCGCACUGAGUUUGCAAGGGGCGUGCUCCCCCUGCACUGGGCGAUAGGCAAGGUGCAGCAGCGGUGCAGCGCGGAGCACCUGACCCCCCAGCACGCGGACUGCCUGCAGCUGUGCCUGCUGGCCAAGAUGUACCGCCAUGGGGGAGAGCUGUUGCAAGGGGACAUUCUCGAUAUUGACCCCAAGAAAACGGGGCUAGUGCACCGAGACUUCCUGCUGUACUGCUUCUACGGGGGCACCAUCUAUGUGGGCCUGAAGAAGUACCAGAAGGCUCUAGACCUCUUCAUGCAUGCGAUCACAUCUCCAGCCCAGAGUGUAAAUGCCAUCACAGUGGCGGCGUAUAAGAGGCACGCACUGGUCUCGCUCAUCCUGCACGCUCAACUAUCGCCUUUGCCCAAGUUCACUCCAGGCAUCGUCCAGCGAGGACUCAAGGCGUGCUGCCAGGACUACCACGAUCUGGCCAGCAUCUACUCGUCUCGCGAUGCAGCAGAGCUCAAGAAGUUUGUGGAUUCUCACGAGCAAGCGUUCAAGGCCGACAACAACCUGGGCCUGGCCCACCAGGUGGUCGCCUCUGUUCCCAGGCGCAGCAUUCAACGCCUCACCCACACGUACCUCACUCUCUCACUCUCCGACCUCGCGUCAUCCGUGCACCUCUCCUCCCCUGCGGAGGCUGAGAAGUACCUUCUUUCCAUGAUAGCGGAUGGGGAGAUGUUCGCUCACAUAGACCAGCAGGCGGGCAUGGUGAGCUUUGAGGAGGACCCUGAGAAGUACGACUCGCUGGCCAUGGCUGCCGUGGUGGAGGAACACAUCCAGAGAUCCACUAAGCUGUCCAAGAAGCUGGCGCUGGUGCACGAGCAGAUCUCUUCAGACCGAACGUACCUCACACGGGUGCAUGCGCGUGAGCGCAAUGUUCGGUACGGGGAGCAUGAGGACUACGAGCUUGCACCUCAACGCAUGUUUGACACAAUGUAGGAGUCUUAUAGGAGGUGAAAAUAGUGUGGAUCGUCAAACGCUUAUGGUUUUCUUUAGGGUAGUUGACAAUCCCAGAAAUGUUGACUACAAAAGAGACAGAGCAUUGUCCAAGAUGCGCCAACUGCCAAGUGAGUUAGUGUUGGAAGGUUCAGUAGCGCGCCUAGUAGACUUCCCUUGGCUCCCAGUAAAAGGAACCACUAAUAUAGAAUAUCAAUUUACACCUUCGAUAUUGAAUUGAUGCAUGCUUGGAAUGGUA